AAGACACGUUUCUCUUCAUAAGACCUUUCUGGAAGGGAGGAGCAAGCAGCAAGCCUUACCCCCAACCCUAACCCUAACUUCCAACCUUCAUCUCUUCCUCUGCUUCUUCCUUCAGAUUUAUCCUUACAGUCAAUUAUUACUGGAUUUGGGGUAGAUUGCUGCUACCGGGUGUCUGCUCUUUCACAUAUAAGAUGCACUUCCGGUCAUCAUUUUAUCAAAAUGCAGUUUUUGAGUUGGUUUUUGAAUAUAAAUGGACACGAAACGGUUUAUCCAGCUGGUUGAGGAGAAGAAGAAGAAAAUUAUGGAGAGGAAGGAAGCUCCUUUGAAAUGGGAGCAGAAGCUGGAAGCUGCUGCUAAGGCCAAGGCUGAUGCUGAAGCUAAAGAGAGGAAGCUGAAGGCUUCAAAGCAUAAAAAAAGAUCAGGCUCUGAUGAUGACAGUGAUUAUGACAGUGAUGAUGAGAGUAGAAAGACAAGUAAAAGAUCUCAUAGGAAGCACAGGAAGCAUUCUCACUAUGACUCCGGUGAACAUGAGAAAAGGAAAGAGAAAAGUACCAAACAUAAAACUAAGAAAUGGUCAGAGUCUAGUGAUUUCAGUAGUGAUGAUUCUGAGAGUAGUUCUGAGGAGGAGCAGAGAAGAAAGAAGAAGCAAAGCAAGAAGCUGAGGGAUCGAGGUUCAAGAUCAGAUUCCAGUGACUCUGAUUUUAGUGCUGAUGAAGUCAGCAAGAGAAGAAGGCAGCACAAACGGCAACGCCCAUCAAAAUCUAGUGAAUCAGACUUCUCUGCUGAUGAAGGAGAUAGUCUGGCUCGAAAAAGAAAUCAUGGAAAGCAUAGUAAACGCCAUCGACGAACAGAAUCUUGUGAAUCUGACUUGUCAAGUGAUCAAAGUGAUGAUGCUCCCCGUAAGAAGGGCCACAGGAAGCACCAUAAACAUCACAAGCGAUCACAUAAUGUGGAGCCUAGGUCAUCUGAUUCUGAUUAUCACAGUCAUGGCCGAAGAAGCAGAUCAAAGUCAUCUGAAGAAAAUUCUGAAGAAGAAAGCAAAAAGUUAAUGCAUAAAAAGUCUAGUCACCAUCACCAUCAUCGCCGUCACCACCAUCACAACCACAAACAUAGGCACCACUUGGACGAUGAGAGAAAUCACAUGAAGCAGCACUCCCCAAGAUCCAAUGGAAAGCAUGACGAGGAGUUAGACAAAACUGAAACCGAGAAGGAUGGUGGUCAUCAUGAAACUGAAAAUAAUGAUCAAAUUGUUUGACUUUUAGAAUCUGUUAUGUUAUCUGUUUAUCGUGGUUCUUUACUGGAAUUGGCAGGUGACUCUGAUAUUCAAAUUAAAGUUAGAGGAACAAUUUCAUUAUUUGUGUUGAAUGUAAUAUUGUGGGCAGUUAUAUACUGUUGAAACUUCGCUUGGCUCGUUGUUGGACGGUGACAUUAAUUUGAUCCUUAUUCAGCUAUAAAUAGUUGCAUUCGAAAGUUACAAAAAGAAUACUCGAGUUGCAGGUUGCAUGGCCAAGUUAGCUUGUUAUUGAUUUUUUUUUUUGUUUUGCACAACUUAUUAGUACAGAAGGUAUAUAUUUGCAUGGAAGACUUCCGUGUGGUUGUGAGCAGAUUGUUAGAUGAUCUCACUAGUUAUUUUGCGUAAUGGAGUUUUGUUGUUUGUUUGCCCU